CAUAUAUCUAGAAUCGCCUCACCAUUUGCUAAAGCACGUUUGCAUUUCACCAGAGGUCCAUUCAACAGCUAGGGUGCAUGUACAUGGACAUGUAAUUGGAGGUACCGAGCGGAAACAUCAGCUGCACGUUGUCUGUGGAUUCGGCAUCUGUGGAAGCGUCAUCGAUGUGCUUCGAGGAUGCUGCUUACCCAAUGACGCUCGCCUGCAGCCCUCGAAAUGCUCGGUGCCAAGGCAGACCUUCCUUGCUCUCCACGCUGCCACACCAAGUACCCACUCCAUCUCGCCAUGCACAUGUCGAAACUCUAAUCCUACUCGUCCCGCAAACCACCAGACCCUAUCUAUGUUCGCCCCGUCUACCGUACCGCCUCAUCAGCCACACCAAAUACAAUAACAUGAUCAUUAUCAUCAUUAUCAUCAUCAUCAUCAUCACCGUGUCCUGCUGUUCUUGAUUGCCUUGUUUAGCACGUCAAAGACCAAAACUACAUCCAAAUAUCAAGUACAUCUUGAUGGCACUCCACAAUCAAUAGUCAUGAUGCUCUUCACCAUAAUCAUGCACAGUGGUACA